GAAUGCAAUUUGAAUCAAAAUUGGAAGCCGAGACUUGCGAGCAGCGACCACACGGCCCGCAUAUGUGGCCAGCGCUGAACCUCUGUUUUAUCUGUCUCUGGGCGUCUGACAUCCUGAAAUCAGAUCGCCCAGAAAAGCAAGCAAGUUAAAAAAAAACUCCAGUUGCCACGUCUGGCCGCGUGGUCCUAGACGGGCAUAAGAAUGCUCUAUAAAAGGAAUGGGAGAGUUAGCUGUGCUGGAGCCGGUCCCAGUGGUUUUCACAAUGGUGCACGGCUGGACUUCUUGGGAACCAAUCCUCCGUGUGACUCCGCCCCGUUCCUCACACAAAUACUGGAAGCAUUCAUUCGGUGUCUGAACAGUUUGCCAUCUAUGGGGAAAUGGAUCUUGUAGUGUGACUCCGGGAGCCCGGCUGGCUCAGGCUUUGGAUCCAAUCAAUUUCCCUCAAGUUUCCCAAACCGAACUGCAAACCGAAAUCGACUCUGAAUGACAGUCCCUAGGUUAAGAAAUGACAUUGGUGAUUUCGAUGAGCAGAUUAUGCGAUCUUCCCACUGAAGAACGUUCAGAUAUCCCGGUGUACGUCCCCAUCUGGGAAGAAUCUUUCAGCAAAACCGCAGCGAUUCCAAACCAGACUAAAUACGGAGAGCCCACAGCAGAAUCCUCUUGCAAAGGAAUCUCAAAUUUUCUAACAACGUCCAAGAUAGCAUACUUCAAACGGAAAUAUGUGGAAGAUGAAGAUCUUCAUCCACCUGCUCACAGCUGCUGCCAAAGGACGCGGACCUUGGUUGCUUCAGAGGAUCGUACCCACAUACUUCGUUUAUCACUGGAAAAACUAAGGCUGAUUGAAGAUCCUGAAGUAUUUUUGCGGCGAUCAGUACUGAUCAACAAUUUACUGAAACGGAUCCGAGGCGAGAUGCAGAACGACUGGUAUUUGUCUGCCUGCUCUUUUGGGGAGACACGACCCAGUGAUUGGUUCGGAUCACCAGAGUCUACCUACAGGAAAAGGCUGCGGAUUGCCAAGGAGUAUGAGAGUAGCCUGCAUGAUUGCUGCUUUUACCAGGAAUGUGGCAACCAAUAUUCAAUAAUACCUUUCUCUGUUUAUAACGGGGAAAAAGUUGCCUCCACUCUGCCAAGUUGCUCCCACCAGGGCAUAGACUGCUCUGAAGUUUAUGGAGUCCAUAGUGCACAUCCCAGAAUUCAACUGACAACCAGUGCAGGGUCUGACAUUUAUCAGAACAUUGAAAAAAAUUGUGAUAAGGAAAUCAACAAAGAAGAUGAGCAUCAAAGGGAAAACAGCACAGAGAAACAUACUUCCAGUGAAAAGGCCCUUUCUCAUGUAUGCAGUGAUAAGGAAGUUGAUUGCACAGCAACUGACUUCAGAAACGAUGGGGUACUCUCUCCUGAAUCCGCAUUGGAUCCUGACAUACUAAAGCAAUAUGUAGGUGAUCACAAACUUUGUUGUGUAAAGGAAGCGAAACUAGAGCCAGCUUGUUUUGCAGUGGCUACAACCAACAGUUUGACAAGCAUAGCAAAGAGUACUUGCAGAGUCAGUGACACUUAUUAGCAUGAACACACAUGACAGAAUAUGAUGUCAAAUUUUUACCAUCAUACUGAUGCACUUUAUUCAAUUGUUGAAACUAGAUCCUGAAGAAGAAUAAUUAGGAAAAGAAAUAAAUCAGCACAUUGUAGGCUGGAUUACUUGGACUAUCCAUCAUAGCAGGUUAAGUUUUUAUAUUGUGUGACAGUGGUUUAUAUAGAAAGUAACAUGAGUGUGAUCUAAGGUGCCUUAAAUUUGUUACGACAGUGUUAACGUUUGCAAGACUGUACGAACAUCUGUUGGGGUUAGCUGUAAGAGAUUUUAUACUAUUUUCUUAUAUUUUGACUUGCCACAGAACGAGAUCCAGUACAUAUGAAAAAAGAAUUUUUGAUUUAAUCUUAAAAUUUACAUUUUGAACAGAUAAUGUGUGUAAUUUCAGUCUGAUCUCUGUAUAAUAUUCUUAAAUAAGCCAACAAUGUUUCCCUCGAGCAAACAUCAAACAGCUUGAGCAUCUCCAUAGCAACAAAUAGACCUUACAGAGAAUGAAAUUUGUACUGAAUACUCCGUGAAUUGGUGGCUGACAUAAUUCGUCAACAUUUUUACUUUAAAUUGCCUUGUUUUACUUAACCUCUAAGCUAAAAAAACACACCUUUUAAAGCUUGGUACCUGCUUUUUGUUGAAAUCUUAAAUUGUUUUAAUGACCGUGAGGACCAUAGAAUGAAAUUUUGGUUAUAGGGGCUGUUCAGUUGUAACUGGAUCUUAAAACUUUGGGAGCAGUAUCAGCUCAAACAAAGAAUGGAAAAUGCUCUCCAUUAAACCAAUUGCAUUUGGAGUGACUGAGUCCUUGACAUUAAGACAUUAGUUCUUUCGUUGUGAUUGUGGCCAAUAUUUAUGUUUCCAAUGCAAUUGUAUAUGCUUUUAUAAAAAUUUCAAAAAAUGCUAUAUGGGGUACUUUUCCACGUGGUAUGGUAAAUUGGUACAUACAAGUGUUUUACAGUAAAAUGUGAUUUACAUGUAAAAUAUUUAUUAAACAGAACAUCUUACCCAGAAGUAGUUUAAUGUUACUUUUCCUCAGAAUAGAUGAAAACAAUUGAAUGGGUACCGAGUGUGAAUGAAAAUUUAUUAAAGAUAGCAUUUCAAGU